AGCUGUCGUUGCUAAGAAGAUUCAAACAAAAUUAUCGAAAUUAUUUGUGAGGCAAUGUGUAAAGUCAGGGUUUAAAUAAAGGCGAGUGAUCAUUUCAGCCAACUGAUAUGGAGUCCCUGAAGAAGGAAUUAGCAAAAAUUCAAGUUACUGCGCCAGAUAUCCGUACACUUCCGUGAGUUGUUGUCAUCUUUCACCUUGGCUUGUAAUUUCAAGUUUGUGUACGAAUCGAUCUCUAAUGCAUUUGCAGACAGCUAACUAAAAUUUAUCUCUAUAAAGUUUUGGUUCACACAUUGUUAUUAAGAAAAUGUUAGAAUAUUCUGCAGAACACGAUCGUACUACCAUAAGGUGGAGACUCCUUGUACAGGGGCGUACAUAAGAUGAGUGGACUGGGGUGCAUAGUGUAAUAGACCACCUCUGACGAUCUUGUUGGUGGACCACCUCAGUCCAUGGCUUCCAUACAUUCAUUAUGUUAUAUAAGUUAAGUCGUCCAAGGUGGCUUAAAAAAUUACAUUAAAAAUUAGCUUGUGUAACAUCACCGCGUGUGACACUCAGAAAACCAUGAACACCAGAACUGUUCAUUAAAAUUUAUUGCCUUCCAAGGAAGAGUAAAUUGUGUGAGAGGAGGCCAAGCUAGAAACAAUUAUGGUGUUAGUUUGAGAAUCUGGGUUUUUUCUAGCAUGCCCUGAACUUUAUACAGUUGACCAGUCUCAAUGAAAUGAAAAUGUUUACAGUUGUCAGACUUUGGGGAAUAGAGGUUCCUGGAUAGUCCUUGUUUGAGAGCCUUCCUUCUCCUCUUGAAACCCUGGCAUGUGUCUUCUUUUAAAAGUCUUAAAGUGUGUUCCUGGAAUAAUCCUUUGUUUUAAUACUCUUUGGACAUGAAAAUAAAACUUAAUACACAAAAUCUAUUUACAGUUAAUAUAUAUUUUCUUAUCUCUUGUAGAAACAAAGAUGCAGACAGGGCCUCUCUUCCUGAGUCUUACAAGUCCAAUACUCCAAAAGAGAAGCUUCUGCUGUCAUUUUGUGAAAACUUUAGACGUCAAUUUGUUCACCUAUAUCGUGAUCGAAAGCCAUUGUUUUUAAAUCCUGUGAAUGAAUGUGGAAUAGAGGUAAUAAGACGGGAAUUACUAAAUGCAUUAAAAGCUCAAAAUCAACAAGAGUACAAUCACCUUUUCAACAGGAGACCCUCAAUUUUUCUUUUAACCCUUUCACUCUUAGAGCAAAUUUGCAGUUCUCCUUACUGUCAACCACAUAAUUCUUAUAAUGUUACCGUAUUUAUUCGCCUAUAAGCCGAGCGAUUUUUCCAACAAAUUAAACUGAGAACAGGUAAAUUCUCGCCAAGGUAGGGGUUCUGUCAACCAGUAUUUUCGCCAAAAAAAAAAGGUGCUUAACAAAUUGAAAUUUGAGUUCAUGAAAAACUGGCCAAUCAGAAGCGGAAUUUACGGUUGGUGUAAACAUUGCAACACGAUCAACAUAUCAAUUUUCAUUGUUUUAAAGAAACGAAAAAUUGACAUUUUUGAAAACCAGUCCAGUAGUGUUUGACGACGCACCAUCGAUUCACUGAUUCUUAUCUCUAGCGAUCUAGAAUGUUGAUGUUGUAGGGGAAGCUCCUUUUGUUUUCGGUUUAUGUUAAUUCAUCUCAGUUAAAAGGGUUAAUUAAGAUUUUUCUUCGAAUGUUUUUGUUUAUUUUUUUAUUUGGAGCAAAAUAUCAAAAUGUCUUGGAGAUUUAUCUAAUUAAACACAUAUAAGACUCCCCAAAUUGAAUUGUUCUUAUCUGGUUGAUUAGGGGGUUCAAAGGGUUAAUUAAACCAGGAGAUCUUUAAGACUUGAGGAUUAGGGUGAGGGCAGGAGACUUUGACAUAGAUUGGUGCAUUUGAUUCAAAAUAGGUACUGGAUUAUUAAAUCAUGCAAUUUUUCUGGUUUCAGAAAUUUGUAUGUACAACAAUUCGCCCAACUCUUCUGUCGUACAAGGAGAUCUACGAUUAUGAUGGCUGUGCACAGUUUGUUUCUGACUAUUUAACAUUUUUUCCAUUAGAUCCACCAAUUGACUUGGUAAGUAUACUUUUUUUUAUGAAUAAAAGAGGUUUCUUCAUAUAUUCUUAUUUCAAUGUUCUCUUUGUAUAAUUACACAUGAUUAUGUUUAUGUAUAUUAGAUUCAGUUUAAGUUAAAUGUUAUACAGCUUGUGUGACAUUUGUAUUUCAAUGCUGGGAAUAAUUACUGAUUAGAGUGGUCCCUGAUAUUAGCCUGUUGAUUUGCACAGCAGAAUUCCAGGUUUCCUCCCUGGUAAGGUCAUGUGUAGGGUUCUUGGGUAAGACACUUUACUUUCACAAUGCCUCUAUCUCUGCCUAGGACUCUAAACCUCAUUUUGGAAGUCACUUCUCUUUCUGACCACUCCCUCACACCAGGGAGAGAAGAAGGAAACCAUGGAUUCACAUGGUCAAGAAGUUUCAUAUCAAUACCCCUACAAUAGCAACAAAUGGUUAGAGAGGCCUGAUAAAAUGUUUAAUAAGACUUAAGGUUAGGGUUACAGGCAGCUUGCAUUGGAGCAGUAUGCUGUCCCAUAAGAGACUCGCGAAACUCCCAAUUGCUUCAUGCCAGAGUGAGUGUUGGGGGGAUCUUGUAACUUGUGUGCCAAACUAUAUCUUUGACAUACUAAGCUCUUAGCCAUAGGAAUAACCUGAUAUUAUCUUUUUGUGUUAUCAGCCAAGUGAACUGGUGUCCCCUACAACUAUCCUAACUCGUCAAAAGGGAAACUGUUUUGACUUUAGUGUGCUGCUGUGCUCUUUGCUCAUUGGGGCGGGUUAUGAUGCUUACUGUGUCUGUGGAUAUGCAACCAGAGAAACAACACUUAUGGAUGAAACAAGGGAAAUAUGUCCUCUUCUGAGGAAAAAAGAUGAGGUAUGUUAAAAAAAACAUGGUUCUUUGAAUGGGAACUAGGCAGUUGUUAAUGAAAUUCAUCACAUAAUAUCUUUAUAAAUACCCCUUCUUGUAAAACAAAUGCAUUUACCAAUUGGUUUUACUUUACAUGCAGCCUCAAACUCAUUGCAGGAAAAGUGGUACAGCUGUAUUUAAAACCUAAAAUUAGCCUGGAACAGGAGUCCAUUACCACCAGGCUCCUGCUCAGUAUUAAUUCUUCUAAAAAAAUAAAAAACUGGAUAAAAUGUCUGGCCAUCCAUGAGUUGACUGGACAAAACCUAUAUUUGACAUAUAUUGUUUGCUGAGCAGCUGUUAUUUUGAGCCUUUUGUGUCUGCUUAACACUUGAUAUAUACUUACAGUUAGUCAAGAAAUGUGAUGCAAAAAAUAAACAGUUUGACUUUGGGUUGUUUUAUUAAAAAGGUAACAAAAGAAGAACUGAAAAAAGAAGUGAAAAAGUACACUGUGAAACCUCCCAAAGAUUUAAGAAGCAAGUUUGAAGCUAAAGUUGAGGCGAAGAAGAAAGCAGAAGAAGAUGGAAAGGAAAAGAAGAGGCGUGAGGAAGAAAAUGCAAGAAUUGCCGUGAGUCUCUAAAAAGAAAGUCACUUUUAAUUAAUCAAACCAAAUGAUUUGAAUUUAGAUCUUGUAAAAUAUCAUUUUUGUUCAUAUUGAAUUAUUUUUUGUAGGAGCUUGAAAAGCCCAAGCCAGACAAGCUGCAUGGUUUAAGGGUGCACUGCUGGGUGUUGGUCCUAUCAGGAAAACGGGAGGUUCCUGAAAGCUUCUUCAUUGAGACUCUGACAGGCGUUUGUCACCCUCUCACACAUAAUGUUUAUCUUGGUAUUGAAAGUGUUUGGAAUCACAAGAACUAUUGGGUUAACAUGCAGGACUGCUCACAUGGUGUUCAGGUAGGCAGUGAUGAUUAGGUUUGCAGAUCAGUAUGUGUGGCCUUAAAAUUUAUUGAUUGCAGAAUUUUGCCAAAAAUUAAGGAGUAGAUUUGUGAAGAUUUUUUGAGGAAAAAUUAAUAAUUAUGAAAGAAUUGGAUCAGUGUCAGUCUCUAAGCAACUGUGUACCUACCCCUCCCCUAACCCAAAAGCAUUCCGCUGAUGACAAGUUAGGGUUAAUGUUUUGUUAGGGGAGGGGUAAGUGUGCAUUUGUCCAGAUAGGGACAUUGAUCCAAAAAGUUUCUGGUGGACUGGACAUUAAUUUUUUAGUAUUUGGUUUACUUUCAUAGUUUCUAUUUAUAUUUCUAUUUUCAUUUGUUGUUGUUUUCUUCACAGGAUCUUGUUUAUGAUCUGGGUGAUGCAUCCAAAUGGGAAUUCAUGUUUUCCACUACAGAUAAACCUCUGUUGAUGAUUCCUGUGGAUGAAGCAGAUCCUCUUGACAUUGAUGAUGAAGAGGUACUGUAUUCUGUGUAUGGUGGUAAAAGGGAUAGUCAGACUAAAUAUAUUUGGACUCUUGGGGGUGGUAAAAGUACUUAAAGAUGGUCAGAUUAUGGGGGAGAUAGCAAAGCAAAAAUAUGAAUUACUUUAUUUAAUUAGAUGCUUUUAUGAAUCCAAAAUGAGUCCACAGGUGCAAAAAACGACUUAAUCAAGAUUUUUUUAACCAAAACAGAUGUGAAUGCAGCAUAAAUCUUUCAAGUUUCAGUGUGUUGAUAUGGAAAAUUUGUUUAUUGAAAAUUCUGGAAUCAAUGUUUGUUUUUUUGUUUUUCAGAAUGAUGAUGAUGGAUCUGAUUUUGAUCUGCCUCCUUCUUGGGUUUCUCCGAUUGAAAUUUCACUCAAAGGUAAUAAAGUUGCUUGUCUUUUAGGAAGAACAAUGGUUAAAAGACAAUAUUUUUAAUUUAACUGUUUGAUUUUUUUUUUAAUUUUCCCAUUUUCCUUUAAUUCUCCAAACAGGAAGGGAGCAAGUUGCUUCCAGAAUGAUAAAACUGAUGACUCUUUUUUUUUUCAAUUUUAGAAUUUCAAACCAGGUGUCCUUAUGGAAAGAAAACCAAGUUGUACAAGAAAGCCAAGAUAGAAAAAUUGGCUGAGUAUUUGUUAAAAGAUGGUCUGGUGUCUUCACUAUCAAGUUACAAUGAUUAUGAAUGUGAGUAUCCAGGUUUCAAGAGGUUUUUCCUUUUGAUUUUUUUUUUUUGCAUUUUUGUAAGCAUGAAAGGUCAAUUGUGUUGAAAGGAGAUUUUUAUUAAAAAUAGUUGCCCUUAUCUUUGAUACGAAGGAAAAAGAACCGUGAAAAAAACUCCACAAAAUCCAUGUCGAUAAUUUGUGUUAUUUUUGCUGUUGUAGUAAAAGAUCUCGUUGAGAAAAAAGAAGUCUACAAACACAGGGUUGAUAAGCUGGAGACAAAAGUACAUAACAUGACCACCGGACUAAUCACUGAGUUCUUCACACCAGGGAGGCUGGACUGCCUUAAAGGUCAGAAACAGUUCAUAACAUCAGCAAAAGUCUGUUCCUUGCGCGUUUUCUCCAGCCCUGUUGUUCGUACGGGCGAGAGAAUCAUUCAGAAUGCGUUCUCGUCUUAAAAGUAUGCCCAUCUUUUGCAAGUCAAAAGUGUGUGGUUUUCAUUAUCAACCGAAUUUCCGAACGUUCCGUCGACUUCUGAACAUUACUGUAGGACCUAGAGACUUUCCGACCACUUUCGAUACUGCCGCAGAUUCCUGAGAAAAUGUUGGAAUCUAAUGUUUCAGUUUUGUCAUCUGAUUGGUUUUCAUUGCCUCGGUAGUCUCGGUUCAGAUACAUGUUCUUAAUUCCGUUUAUUAAGAUUAGGUGAAUCGUUCUGACCGAUAGACUUGUUUUGCUUUUAAUAGUCAUUGAAACACUUGACUGACCGAGUUUAACCCGGAUGGAGAACUCUGAAGCUUAGAAGUGACCUUUUGUUUCUUAUUCAGUUACAUUUUUUAAUUAUAGAACAUACCUACAAAGCGAGCUCGCCCGGACCAGAAUCCGACAGAACGAUGCUAUUUUAUUGCAGGUACUGUAAAAUAACAGGUUAAUCUUGUUUUUAUUUCGUGACUUCUCCUUUAAAGUGGAUGUUUGUGAAAAGUUUGGCGCUGUAUGAACGCAUUAAUCAAAAAAACUUCAAUUACGUUCAUUUGGCAAAAAGAACUUUCAAUCAGCCUUACCGAGCGACUAAUUUUUCUAGGGUUACUUACACAAAACUGACCAACCCGAUCACCGGAAAGAACCAUUGAUUGGCUCAACCAAAACUGAUUAGGAGUCAGUCUUCGUUUCCCAUAGUGUGUUCCUUAGCAAUUUCGAUAGUUUGAUAUGCAUAAUUUUUAAGAGAAGUCCAGUUUUGUGCUAAAAAUUUAAAAAUCUAAUUUCGAUUUUUUUAAGUAACCUUACUAAUAUGGAAUAUUUUUUCAGUGCGCGAAUUGACGGCCUUGUAAAGCGUGAAGAAUCGCCUGAGGAAAUGACAGAGAGUUAUGUCGAUAGAGACGACUUCAUGUACUAUCGACAGGUUACUUUUGGUAAACGGGUGAAAAAGUUUGGUCCACAGGAGGCAAACUCAAGACCAAUUGUGGUAGGAUAAAACUAGUUUCAACUGACAUUUUCAAUUGUAAAAACUAAAUGCUGUUUGAGUAGGAAACGUGGAGCGAGUGUGCGAGAAAGAGCGCGGAGCGUGGAUCCCGCGAAAGGUGGCUGUAGACUUUGAUGCGAGAGGCAAGCUUGCCUGUGGUUACAAGUCUACUAUCACAAUAACAAUUGUCAUUUCUGGAGAAAGGAGGAAUGCAGUUGCUUUAAAAAAACCCAAAGAAUGUGUAUUUUCUUUUUCCUCAGCCCACCCCCUCGCGUUCGCUUUUGUUCGGUUCUCGGAUGAUCAUAGAUUUUGAGGAAAAUUUUCCCUCCUUUAGGAAUUCCCCUUGAAAUGUCGCCUCUAAAGCCUCUUUAUUCGGAAUUUCUUUGGUAUUUGAUGAUAAAUCACUUGCAUGCUUUAAAAAUCCGGUAAGCUUCACAAUGUUUUGCUUCCCCCGAACUUUUUGCUGCUACACAGUACCUAUUAUACAAAUCGAGGACAGUUGAGGGCAUUAGAACCAAAAAUUUUGAGAUGGUGCUCAUAUAAUUAUAUGGUUUAUCUGUAACGGAAAUGUUAUCUCUUCUUUCUUUACAGAAAAUAGUUGAGAGAUUUCACCGCAACAAAGCUAAAGAAGCAAACGAAGAUGUUGCCGAAAGAGUUUUCCUCGUCUCUGAUGAGCGAAUUAACUUGACAUUUCACUUGGAGGACAACAGAGUAACAGCCUCCACAAGGGAAUUCAUCCGCCCUCCACACACCACAGAAAAAGGAGGAACACUGACCAUGACACCUGAUAUGACAACCACUUUUCAGGUGAGUUUUAAAGUUAUUAUCAAUCUAAUGUCAAAACUGAUUCCAGAUUGAAUGCUUUUUCUUAACACGCUCUGUGAUUGGUCCUGAAAAUACGCGCCAUCCUGUUAACCAAUCAGAAUCCCAGCUUAAACCUAUCGGAGAUUGGUCCCACGCGUUUUCCCGCGCUUUCAGCAGCUUGCUUGGUUUUCUUUGAGUUAUUAUAAGCUCCUCUCAGUCUUGGUAAUUACUUUGUUUUUGAAUUUACGAUACUCAAUCGAAAAGCGCGCUAUCACGUCCGCUUUCAAGAAAAAAGGCAGGUAGCAGAGCGCAAUUUCUACUUAGUAUUUUCAAAUCGAGAUCACAGUAAUCUCAUAAACGCAAUCUCAUUCCCUUUACUUUAAUUUUAUGCAAGAGAGGAUAACUUUUUUUAUAUCAUUAGGUGGAUCCGCUGAUCAAACCUCAUAAAAACCUCCAUGUUUACGAAAUGUUGGUGGAACUCGUGGAUGCUGAAGAACAGAGCACGAACCAGAUAAGGGCGUCAGAAGAAGAGGUAUCAUAAUUCGUUUUGUUUUAAUAUUCCACUAUCUAGAUUUUUACUUUCUUUAUACACUCGGUUUAGAAUGUUUGUGCUAAAAAUCAUAUAAUUUUGAAGGUGAAAGAAAUUCUCCAGCUCCGAAUCAAAGAAGAAGCUGCAUCCCAAUUGAUUGUUUCAGUGUAUGAUACAGAGAGAAACGAAAAAGCCAAGCUGCAUCGCCAAGAACUGGUAAGGUGAUUCACUCUAAAUACAGCUCUUUUGAGCCAGAUCAACCAAUCAGAUGUAAGCUAAAACCAACUGCGAUUUUUCACCUGCGUUUUCCCGCGUUUCAGACAGGUGGCUUUUACAAACAACCAUUGGAGUCUUUACAAAGUAUCAUUACUAUUCGAUCGAUUAAUCGAUUCAUUUUUCUGGCACCAGGAACGUAAAGCAGCAGAGGAAGCAAUGAAGAAACAUGAACUUGAGUUAGAUUACCUAGCGCCAUUCCUGGCACAGAUUGGUGAUCCACCGCACAUCAGCCGACAGGAGGCUUAUAAACUCAAAGAGGAAUGCCUACAGGAUCUAAAACACCGUCUUAUUGACAAAGCAAACCUCAUUCAGGCUAGAUUCGAGAAGGUUAGUACGGUCAAAGCCAAAUUGUGAGUCAGUUUCCAGAUUUGAAAAGUUUUGAAAUUUCGGUUAAAGAUCAAAGCCUAAUUAUUUGCAAGGUUGGCUUUCAUUUUUUUUUUUUUACCACAUUGACUGGAGUCACCCUUUGGGAAAUCUUAAUCUGAGUUUUUGUGCAAGCUAUACUUGUGUACCUUCUAAAAAAGAAAUUAGAAGAUAACUUAAAAUAUUGCAGAUUUGGCGCAUCAUGAACUGAACACUCUAUCUCGAAAGUUAUCUUGAAGAUUUACCUUACAUGUUUGUGUUAUUAUUUGUCAUCACGGAUAAUUAUGUUGUGGUGCAAAUUUUUACGUCGUUUUAUAUAUUGCAAACCAGUUUGAUUUUCAUUUUUCUUAGUUUUUAACUCGUUAUCACGAACUAACACAGUACAAAAUAAAACUAACAUCUAUUCUAAAUUUCAAAUCAAUGAAAGAUUGUAGAGCGUCAUAUUCGUGGGUUUGAAAAAUUUCGCCGCCUGACUCUCGUUACCUCACUACAGGAAACUCAAGAAUUACAACGCAAGCAGAGUUGGUAUCAGCAGAAUCAAGUGUCCAUGACAAAAGAAGACGAAGAAGAAUACCUCAACUAUUGCAGCGAGGCCAUGUUUAGAAUACAUAUCCUUGAACAACGCCUUAACAGGUAGUACAGUGCACAAAAUGCCACUACCACGAAAAUUCACUGGUAUCUGUAGCUUGAAAGUCUGGUAACGCUAUGCAAAGGUUAAAUUGCUGCCUAGUGCAUUGUGUACUUUUUUGUUAGGCCUGGUCAUUGUAUCGCGACGGUUGUCUGUCUUUCGAAAAAACGAGAUAUAAGUGUACUAUUAAUACAAACGAGGACGAGAGUUUGUUAAAAUAGGAAUUAUUCGCGGAUUUGAACGUGACACGUUUACAACCUAAGGCAAAAUGAACCCUGAUUUUACUCUUUUUGGAUUGUGCCUUACGUCAACGCUAAAGGAAAGCGCAAGAAUAUCGUAUCUACAGUUAAUGAAAGAAUUUCAAAUCAGAUUUAACCAUAAGGCCAAACGAUCAAACGCUAAGAAGUUUAAUUUUAGGCGCUUGCCGAAAAGCUCUCCGUUGAAUUGCUGGGUAGAAAUAUCGUAUUGUUUAUAAUAGGGAAAUUUACUUCUUUCUUCGACAAACACAGCUCUGCACACUGUACAAAAACGUCCCAAGGUCUGGUUGAGGGCCUCGCCAAGAAAAAACUAACUGAAAGAAGAGGUGUUAUUCUCUCCUCGCGCGUCUCAUCCGUUGGGCUCACCACGCGCUUGGUUUGUGCUUGCCUCGCCCUUUCCAUGCGUGCACCUCGCGCUUUUAUCUGCUUCUCCUAAGGGGCGGAAAACCUUAUAUUUGUUUAAUAGCGUGGUAAACUUUCUGUUCGUUUUUCUAAAAAUGAUAUUACCGCAUUAGCUCGGAUAUUUUCACUUUUCUUAGCGGCAACUUCAUAAUUAUGACUAGUCUGCCCCUUUCAUAUUUCUCAUGUGUCUAUUUUCUUUUUUCCAGACAUAAAGAACUGGCUCCUCAAAAGUAUGUUCAGUUGGAACAAAAACUCAGGACCGAUCCAAGACUUGCGGAGCAUUUCUGAUCUGCUGUGGAUAUCAACAAUUGUACUAUAUGUAUAUCAUUGUAUUU